UCCCUCGGUUAGUCGGGUCUGUUUACACGAGAAUAGCGCUCUGUGGAGUGCGCGUGUGCUGGCGAUGAGGGCAAGACAGUCGGAAGACGAGCAUACGGACAGGCGCUCUCUUUGUUCGAUUGAGCGCCUAUGCGUUUGUGGCCUGCGGAAUGGCGGCGCGUGUUGCCGGCACUCGGACCUCUUAGCGCCGGACGCAAAGCGGGACGCACGUCCAGCUGGCUUGCGGCAGGCUUGCGGGUCGUGCGUGCAAUGCAAAGGGAAUGCGAGGGUAGCGAAUUUCGAUGUGAGGGACUAAUCUUCGUCCCUGGGCUACCGGGCAAAGGGCGAGGCAGCCAUAGCACCCCGUUCGCUCCAAGAAUGCUCCGUGGCGAGUUCGCUCGCUCGUGCGGAGGCAUAGCUUCGAGACGAGCACAUCGUAGACGGAUACCAAUAAUUUCGACUCUGCUGCCCAUACAUCUGGAAGCAUACGACUUGCAUUGUCCCCGCCCAACUCUCGCUCCUGACGUUUCCUCCAUUCUCCUCCCUCCUACGCUUAUACAAGCCCCACCGUCGGCCACCUCCCCCCCAUCAACGCGACGUCCAAGCGAUUUAAACGACAUCACGGCCAGUAGUUCGUCCCGAUCCUUGCCCCGCGGUGUGGCCUCGAUCCGACGGACCGCUGACUAUGGCAUUGUCAGUGCUGCUGUCACUAACGUUUUUGAGAACACGUAGUGGGUGCUUUGCUAGUGGCGCGCGGACAGGCAAUGAGAGCAAGAUCGUCGAAAGACGAGCGCACGGACGAGCGCCCUUUUGUUGAACCGG